CUAUUCACUUUUCGUUUCUCUCUAGAAUCUCCCCCACUAUAAUAUCACUCGAAAUCUAGGGUUAAAGUGAAACCACACAUUUUCUAUCUCUCCGAUCUUUUAGCCUCUCAUCGGAAAUGGCGCGUGACAGCGACGGUGUAUCCAACAACUCGAAAACUCCGGCAGAUGAAUCUCUCAAUUGCGGCCUGACCUGUACUUCAUCUCCUCCUGAUUGCUCCGGCGAUGCCGCGGAUGGGGCUAAGGAGAAGAAGGAACAGUUACUGAGUGGUGAAGCCGAUGGGGGUGGAGAAAUCGAGAGUCUCAAUGUUGAUGAGUUCGCUGGGGUCGCUGCGUUUGGUGAAAGCUUGAACUGUGCUUUGUGUUUUCAGUUGCCUGAAAGACCCGUCACGAUACCAUGUGGACACAACUUUUGCUUAAGCUGUUUUGAGAAGUGGAUUAACCGAGGGAAUCUCAGUUGUGCAAAAUGCCGUAGCCAGAUUCCUAACAAAACGGCAAGUAAUCCUCGUGUUAACUCGUCCCUGGUGUCUAUCAUCCGAUCUGCAAAAGUCGCUGAAAGUGCUGGUCCAGAGAAUGUCUUUAGAGCUAAGCGCCCAAAGAAAACCGAGAAGGCCAAUACUGGAAUAUUUGUCACAACACCAUCAGAUCAUUUUGGUCCUAUACCAGCUUCUAAUGAUCCUGUGAGAAACCAAGGCGUUUUAGUAGGAGAAUGCUGGAGCGACCGAGCAGAGUGUCGCCAGUGGGGAGUUCAUUUCGCACAUGUGUCUAGCAUUGCUGGACAAUCAUACUAUGGAGCUCAAUCUGUAGCAAUAUCAGGAGGUUACAAGGAUGAUGAGGACCAUGGGGAGUGGUUUCUAUUCACAGGAAGUGGUAAAGGAAGAACUAAUGAGGAUCAGAAAUUUGAAGAAUUGAAUGAAGCUUUAAGAGUUAGUUGCAAAUUUGGUUAUCCUGUUCGAGUUGUCAGGUCGUACAGGGAGAAGAAUUCUGCAUAUGCCCCUGAGGAAGGAGUGAGAUAUGAUGGUGUUUACAGGAUUGAGAAGUGCUGGCAAAUAGCUAGAAUGCAUGAUUCGUUUAAGGUCUGUCGUUAUCUGUUUGUCAGAUGUGACAAUGAGCCAGCUCCUUGGACCAGUGAUGAGCAUGGAGAUCGUCCAAGACCUUUGCCUAGUAUUGCAGAGCUUGAUAGGGCCACAGACCUGUUUGAGAGAAGUGAGAGUCCAUCAUGGGAUUUUGAUGAAGGAGAGGGUCGUUGGAGAUGGAUGAAGCCUCCACCUGUGAGUCAAAAGCCAGUUCAAGGUUUGUAUCAUAAGGAGAGCAAGAUUAUGAGGAUGGCUUGGACAUGUCUUCUCUUUGUUGUCUUCAUCAUUUUCACUGGUUCAUCAUCUAUCUUAUACCGGGUUUAGAAGAAUCACCAGCAAAUAACUUGGCUUUUUUUGUACCAGCAAAUAACUUGUUCUUUUUUUGUGAAGUCGGACUCAGAAGGUUCAUUGAUGGUUUUGAACAUAAUGAUCAAUCAUCAUUAUAUAAAUUAUGUUAUUCAGUAAAUUUUCAUUCUUUCUA